CCCUCCCCCCCCCGCCCUUGCCCACCCAUACAGCCAUGCUUCGCCUUGCCUCGGCUGCUCCUCUGCUGCGUCGCGCUGUUCCCAUGAUGGCCAGCCGUGGCCUGUCGACCCUCGGGUACAACAACGCCUCGGAGACCACGCUGGAGAACCUGGCCGACCAGCUGGAUGGCCUGGCCGAGCGUCUGCCCACCAUGAAGCAGCUGGAUGCCUCGCGCCGGGCGGAGUCCCUGCUGGAUGCCGACUACUCGUCCGGGGUGCUGACGCUGGACAUCAAGGCCGCCCCGUUCGGUGGCAAGAGCGGCACCUUUGUCAUCAACAAGCAGCCGCCGAACCAGCAGAUCUGGCUGUCUUCGCCGCUCAGCGGGCCACGCCGGUACAACCUCGACACCACCCGUCGUGAGUGGGUGCCCUGUCCGACCACGGCCGAGGGUGUGCCCCCGGGCGAGAACAUCGAGUCCCUGCUGUCGCGCGAGCUUACCGAUAUGCUGAGCAUCGGUCCGGUGCCGGGCACCGGGCGCAUCCUCAUCGAGCCCGCCGAUUUGGAGGAUGUGGACCUGUGAGCCUGACGGUCGCCAGCCGGGGGGUGGCCCUCGCGCCCGGUGUCCCCGCUCGGUCUCUGGGCUUCUGGCCGGCUCCUCGAACAUGCGAGGGGAUGAGAGCGCACGAUGAGGCCCCGCCGGUGUGCACAUGCAUUCUUUCCCGCUCUCCCCCCCCCCCUCCUCCUCUCUUUCUCCCUGGCUC